AUGACUUUACCAAGUGAAUUACCUAAAGACGAGCUUGUGGAGAAUACACAAGUUGAUUUGUCAAAUUUGAAUUUAACUACCAAUCAAAUUGGAAAAAAUAUAGAACGUUCAAGAAGCUUUUUAUUAUCACAAUACAAAGAUAUUACUACAUUUUUAGAUGAAGCUACAGAUGAAUUCGAAAUUGGUCAACUUGUACAUCUUGAAUCAUUUGGCCUAUAUGACGCGAUGAGUUCAAUUGAGAUAAUGGAUCCAAAAAUGGAUAGCGGGAUGAUAUUAGAAAGCGAUUUAAAUAAACCGCAAUUUAAGUUACACGCAUGUUUAAAGCCCGAAGAAGUUCUUGGAAUUAUAGAUAAUUUGUUUACUUGCGAAAUGACGUGGCAUGCUGGACAUUCCCUUUCUCAAACGCUUUUUACUUGCAUGUAUUUUCACCACGUUAUGGAUCUUGGUCCUGAAUUAUUCAUUAAUAAUUCAAAUGAUGAAAACUUGCCUAUGGAGUUUGUAAUAUUAGUUUUAAAGGCGUAUGUUCUGGGUACUGUGAAAUGUUGUCAUUUGGUAUUGUAUGAGAUGACAAAAGGAAAUGUCUAUGAAGAAGAAGAUUUUUCUGCAAAUAAAUAUGGUGUCUCGAUGUAUGAAGAUUUUCCAUACUCACAAUGUAUAAAAUUAAUAGAAGAUGCUGAAGCCUGGAUGGAACAGCACGGUUGUAGAUGGAUCCGUAAGAAAGGUCACCAUGAUUGUGAAAAUAUUAUUCGAGCAAUACUUUCACGUCUUUGCUUACGAAAAUACGCUUUGUUCAAAUUUAUUCGUCCGGUUUUUAGGUUUUUUCCCGUUGUUAGAACUCAAGGAUCAAGGAUAGCAGUUGGAUUUACGAAUUAUUCUAAUUUAGGAUUUUCCUUUGAGAAAUUUACCCUUCUUUUAGGUUUAAUUUGUAUGUCACAGUCACGUUGUCAACAAUAUCCUCAAGCGCAGCGACAUCUUAAUAUGUCAAUACAAUUGUUAAAUGAAAUUAAGGAUGAAUUAAACAAUAACUGUUUUGGUUUAGGAAUCGAUGUUACUGGUGCUUUUGAUCCGCUAAUUAAUAGAAAGCUCGUAUCCCAAACACCACCACGACCAACUCAACUUUUAACAAUGCAAGAGUCUGUUGAUGAAAUGAUGAAUAUGCUUAAAAGUCUAAAUUCAACCUGCGAGAUUAUCGAAUACAAAUCAGCGACUAGCUUAAUGAAUUUCUUGGUUUAUCAUGCUAGUCAACAACCACCACCUUGUGCAUUCUCAAGGUCAAUUUUACAAUCGACUUUAUGCACCGAGAAUCGUGUUCUUGAUGUGGUUGCUGCAUUACCUAACAAAGUCCAUAUUUAUGCAAUCGUAUCCAAAAUAUCAAAAUUGAUUCAUAAUUUUGUUGAUAGCACAGUUAAGCCGUUGACAGACCUUUAUCGUAUUUUAUGUCAUAACCGUUCAAGACAGCGCCGUAAUAUGUGUAAAGUUUUAAACGACUGGGAUUUGUUACAAGAAGAAGCGGAACAUAUUGACAAAGAAUUACAGAGAUUAACCCAUGAGGAACCUAUUGUGACAGAUGAAGGAGAUUCUUACUCCUUUCAUUUGUCGUCCUGGGUUUAUCAUACAAAAUUGGAGUUACUGGAAACUAUAUUAUUUCUUGGAUUUGAAUUGGAAUUGUACGGAACUCACGAAUAUGUGAUGAUAUAUUGGUAUAUUGAUUACUUAUUGGGUGUUCACUAUCAGCAUUUGGAGAGAAUUCACAUGCACAUUACUGAUAUAAAAUAUAAGGAUCAGCAUGGAAGUUUUCGAGCAUCACCAUCAUCAGCAUCUUCUGUAUCCUUACUGAUAAGCCAACAAAUGAUGAUGAUGGCAAAACAAGAUAUAUGUCGAGGGAUCCAUAGGACCAUAUCAGCACUUCGAAAAACUGGACACGUAAUAUAUCCACAGCUCGAGUUUGAUGACGAAAGUACUAGAUUUUGGCAUAGAUUCAGAAUUUACAAAACAUUGGGAAGCCCAACAAUACUUUCAUAUAAGGAUUUUAAGGAAAUGACUCAAUUUGAUAACGUUACGGCAUUAGAUCUUAUCAAUGCAUCUUUGCAAAACUUUCAGGCAGCUAGAUCUUCAAUAGAGAGCUUGUUAGCAAUGGAAACUUCGGAAUUAAAGAUGGAUUUUUGUCAUGAUGAUUAUACAAAGGAAUUACGAGCUAUGCUACGUGUAUGUAUUGCAAAUAUUGUAAAUUUGCAUAAAAUUAUUGAGGAAUAUAAACCUAUACUUGAUCCAAAUAAUGUUAAAGAAAGUGAUAUCAUUACGACUGGUAAACCCAUACUUGAUCCAAAUAACGAUCAAGAAAGUGAUACCACGACUAGUCGUAAACAGCAAAAGAAGAAACAACGACAAAAAAGUAAGAAACCAAUGAAGUCAUCAUCAAUACAGUCGGAAAAAAUGAUUUCAUUGCAGAAGGAUAAUAAGACAGCAAGUUUUGAAUUUAAGUAUCAUCCUUGGUACCCAGUAAUUACAUUAAAAUAA